CAACAGCCAAGUGGGAGGGCCAGGGAAGGAGCUUGUUGGGGCUGGAGGGUGUGUGAGGCAAUCUGCAGAGCACGAGAAGCUGGGAGACUCCAUUAGGGGAGGGUUGAGGGAGGAGAGUGAAGUGGGCAGAAAAGGCAGGGAGCUGUGUCUGUUGGAGAGAGAUUAAAACAGCAGCAGGAGAGUCUUGCUUCCCCAAAACGGUGGUGUUGUGUGGAUCCAGAAAAAGACAAAGGUCUCCAGAGGAUACAGGCCAAAAUGACUAAACUUAAUGAAAUAGUAGACGUGGACGUGCUGAGGGCCUACACUUUUUAUGCGGUCAUUAUCAUCCUAAAAAUGAUGCUGUUGAGCCCUCUAACAGGAUACUUAAGAUUGAAGAAGCAGGCAUUCGCCAACCCUGAAGAUGUGGCUGCAUUGGGUAAAGGAGAGGCUGGAAAAAAGGCUCUCAGGACUGAUCCGGAUGUGGAGCGCGUGCGAAGACUCCAUCUCAAUGACCUUGAGAACAUCAUUCCAUACCUCUUCAUUGCAUUCUUCUAUUCUUUCACGGGCGUUUCUGAAACCACAGCCUUGAUUCACUACAGACUAUUUACUGCGGCUCGACUCUUCCACAGCAUUGCCUACCUGGUGCCCCUUCCGCAGCCCUGCAGGGGUCUGGGUUUUGGGGUUGGCUUGUUUGUGACCUUUUCAAUGGUAUUCCAGCUUCUGUGGAAUGGCCUGAAUCUGUUAUAGAACAGAAGCCUGCCCUUGUUACCACCAUAAUGGCCAUUCUAUGGUAGUUUUCAGAUUUUUGCCUUUGGGGCAUCUUUUCCACUUCUGCCUAGGGACAACCCCCGCCCUCCCUGCCCAGCCACCGCAACCUGCCUGCUACAGAACUCCCCAAUGCAUGACAGAGCAUCCCAGGGCAUAUUCUAGGGCAGGGUUGGGGAACUUGUGAUCCACCUGACAUUGUUGGACCACAAUUCCCAUCAUCCAUGACCACUGUCCUGUCCUGGCAUGGACUCAUGGGAGUUUGAGUCUACUGGAGGACAGGAGGUUAUUCCCCACCCCACCCUUCCUCAGUUAAUGUGAGAACAAAACCAUACGCUUUCCUGCAGAUGCACAUUACAGGGGAAGAUUCAUAAGUCUUCCAGGGAAAUGUGCUUGCUCUUCUGGUUUACAUGGAGAAGGUCUGAUGUUCAACCCCUGGCAUACAAAGGAUAAAAGCAGAAAACACUUAAUGGGGAAGGAUCUUUGCCUGAAACCCUACACAUUUAAAAGGCUGUAGAAUAUUAGAGGAACGUUUUCGCCUGGUGCCCAUGUAAUGAAGACACCAGGCGAGCCUCCCUGGGAAGAGCAUUCCACUAAUGGGGAGCCACUGCAGAAAAGGCCCUUUCUUGUUUGCCACCAUCUGGGCCUCUUAUGGAGGAGGCACACUGAGAAGGGCCAAAGAUGAUGAUCUCAGGGCUUGGGUCAGUUCAUAUUAGGCGAUGUGGUCCCCCAUGUACAUUGUCUAGCAGUGGCUGCCCAAGGUCUUGCAGGAGUCUUUUCUAGCUAGUUGGAGAUGCCAGGGAUUGAACCCAAGACUUUCUGCAUGCAGGCAGGUACUCUACCACUGAACCACACACCCCUCUCUAACAAAGCUCAGACCAUUGCCUCGUCAGCUGUACGACCAUUGCUUUAGUUCACCAAUUUUUAUGUGUAUGGGGUCAUAAGGUAGGUGAGCUCACAUGUAAAUGUAAAAACCUGCAUUUACUUUGGAAUAUCAGAAGCUAGGAACCGAAAGGAAGAAUAUCUUGCAUUGUUAUGUCCUGCUUCUGAAUGUCUAGAUGACUUUGGUUGGCCAAUGUUGGAACAGAAACAGGGGAUGGAUGGAUACUUGGUCUGGUCCAGCAAGGCCAUAUUUAAGUUUGUUCACACAGUUGAGUUGUCCCAGUCAUGGGCAUACUUUUGUGGUGGUCUUGUUCCUCCAGCUCCAGAUUCCCCAGAAAUUAAUUCAGUGUACGUUUUGAACUACAUCUCCCAUCAGCAAGUGUAGCCAACGGUCAAGGGUGAUGGGAGCUGUCGCCCAAAGCAUUUAGAGGACACCAGGCAUGGUGAAGAGGGGAAGAUUUAGGGACUACCAGGAGCCAACGGCCACACUGUAAGUCCUCCAUGAAUCGUAGGACAGCUCACCAUGAUACGAUGAAGGCCCUGCUCAGGUCUGCUACAAAAUAAUGACAGAAUAUUCAUGUUUUCCUACUUGCAAAUCAUUUUAUGUUUUCAGUUGUCCACACUUCUGCUUGUCCCAUACAGUACUUUCUUGGCAUGGUUGCGAGAGGUUUUUUGUUUGGCCUGCUUCUUUCCCCGGGAAAACCCACUGUUUACCACUGCAAACCAAUUGAUAUUUGCUCCGGUUCAGCAGUAAACAGAGAGUUUCUCCUGGGGGGAAGCAGCAGGUCAAAUAGGACUGUGGAUGAGCCUUAAAUGCAGUGCCUCUGCAACAAAUGUACAAAUGUGAAGCAUGAUAUGUAAAAUUAGAUGUAGCAGCAGAGGAGAAACAAUUCGGCACUUGUUACACACAGUAACAGGUCUUGAGAUUUGGAAGCAACAAUGGAUCUGGAUACCAGUUGCUGGAAACCACAGGGGAAAGGCUCUUGUGUUCAGAUCCUGCUUCCAGGUUUCCCACAAGCGUUUGGUUGGCUUCUAUGAGAACAGGAGGCUGCCCUGAAUGGGCCAUUGGCCUGAUCCAGCAGGUUCUUCUUAUGUUCUUUGCUUGCGGAUCUUAUUGGGCAAACAGGGUUCCUGAUGGAUACAACACAUGCCCUCCACCCCAUGCUCCACAUCACUCCUUCGCUACAACCAUCUAGCAGAGCUCAAGCCCACGUUUGUCGAGCGCAUUAUGCCCAAGCUGAUGAAUGCACAUCAAACCCAUUUUAUAAGUUCCGUCUGUGUAGAUCUAUGCCUUGAGGUCAUCACAAAAGGUUGUCCUAGUGGUUAUAAAUUGGUAAAAAGAAUUUGCCUGUUCAGCUGCCCAUUUUGAGAGGUUUGACUCAAGUCAUCAUUCCUUGAACACCAGUCAGCAUUCUGGGCAAUGUUGUCAACAUAC